UGGUAAACAAAAUACCUUUAUCGGAAAACGAAAAUUUAUCUGCAAUUUUCUUUGAAACAAGUUAAUAAUUAUUUACUAAAAAAAGUAAAGCAGUUUGUGAGACAAAUAACCGGGCUUCUCCAGGAUUUCAAAAUUUAAAAAAAAAAAAUCAAGUUGUGCUUAUACAGUGAAAUCCUAUACAAACAAUGGACGAGGACGUCGAAUUCCGGGAUAUGGUAUACAAAAAGCUGGAGGAAAGUGGUAUGUUGCUCGAUAUUAAAGCCAAGUUGCGAACGUAUCUGUACGAUAUCAUCGAAAACGACGGGAAAAGCGCCGAUUCCGGACAACCGGAAACGGCACCCUCGAGUGAAAGUGAAGCUACCUUUAGCAGCAGCUGUGGAGUUGUGGAACAAUCGGAAACCGUAAAUCCGGAACAGAAAACUUCUCAGACGGAAGACCAGAGUCAGCGACAAGCUGAGGAAGAUGACGAUGCACUGCCGAUGGACAACAGGUCGCUGGCUCUGGGUCUGGUUCUGGACCUGUUGGAUUGUAUGAAGCUUUCCUAUUCGAAAACGGUUCUCUUGGCAGAAACUGGCAAGAAGGGGCCUUCGAGGAAGCGGCUGUUGCAGCAACUGGCUAUGCCCGGAGAAGAUCAGGAUUUAAAUGAUGCUGGGCAGUGUCCGGAACCGCUUUUGUAUCAGUUGAUUGAAGGAUACCGGAAAGCGGAAUCUUCUUGUGCAGAUAGUAGCAGCAACAGCAGCAGCAUCAGUAGUAAUGCUAGCACAAAUAACAACAGUAACAGUAGUGGAGAGGAACCGUCCCCAGGAAGCAAAAAAGAGCCGUCUGAGUCCGUUCAGGAAAAUAUUUCCGCGACUUAAUACUGCCUAACAGAAUUUCCUUCGAGCGAAUCAACAUUCCAAGACUUUUUUUAUGUAUUUUUUCAUUAUAUUUAUGAUAAACCUACUACAAAUCUGCUUCGUAUUGGAGGUUAACAAUAAUUAGGUAGUUUCCUAUUUCAUAGUGAUUUUAUCAGUUUUAAACGCAAGAUGAUUAUUUUAAGUUUUCUACGUCUGCCUUUAACGGCACAGCAUCCUAACGAACGAGCUGACUUACUUAACGGGGAAAAAAAUGUUAAAAGUGCCUAUUCCAUAAAUGUUUCGCUAUCGGUAGGGUUGGCUGAAUAAGAAUGCUUUUAACGGGAAGUUUUUUUCCGAACUACGUAGCCUCUCUAUUAUCCCCGGUGCUGUUCCUGCUGGAUCCGCUGGGUGUAGCUUCGGGAUACCAGGUUCCACGAGUCCAUGUAUCGGUCCAUGCACAUGGCGAUGCAUUUCUGGAGGAAGAAGUUAAAGUUUAGAUAGUUUCAGUCGAGUUUUAUAAAAGUUAUACUUGCUACCUUACAUCUAAAUUUAACUGACAAACGAAACUAAGUAUAAUGGCAGUGCCUUUAAAGUACGUUAUUCAUUUUACAACAAUCUUAUGAAUUUUGCCUUAGAAAAAUAUUUCAUGUAUUCACUCAAUAAACAAUAAACUUUUUGAAACUACUUUUCAAUUAACUGU